AUGAAACAGUAUCAAGUUGAUAAAGAUCGCCAAAUGACUUACAACGAUAUAGAAAAAUUAAUAUACUUCAACAACAACUUUCUAUCUGAAUUGCCUGAACCAAACACUGUUUUUAACAACUCUUUAUGCUUUGAAAAUCAUAAAAAUUCAAACACUUUUCCAUUUGGAAACCCAUCAGACUAUUACUCUUUGCAUAAUCCUGCCUGGGUUAGUCAUACUGGGCUUCCUACUGAGGUAGGCGGCAUCGAGGAUGCUCACGACUCCCACAGUCCUCUACAGGAUGUUCGAGAAUAUUUAAAAGAUCAUUUUCACGACGGUUUGGAAACCGAAGUUGGAAGAAGAAGCAGCAACUUAUCAAAUCACAGUACCCCCCAACAACAUAUCUAUUCUGAAACACCGAUGGACAGAGCCCUUCAAUCAAACAAUUCCAUCUGUAACAUUCUACCGAAUACGUUCCCGAAUCCAAAAAUCGCUAUGGAAAGUCACAUCGGAUAUCGUCAGCAUCCCAGUGAUACCCCGGUCGCCAAAGAAAAUCGGUGCUUUCUACUAGCGACUCUUCCUGAAAAAACAGCUACUGAUGAACCAUAUCUAACCAAUAUGAAACAAAGAAGUGCCUGUAUCCGCCAUUAUUUACCUCACACCCCAAUCCACCCAAUGUUUCCUUCGUUUUAUUCUGAAUUACCAAAGCUUGCUCUUUUUCCCCUACCCAAACAUCCGUUCGAAGAAGAUGUGAAGUAUAUCAAAUAUUGUCCCAUUGACGAUUAUUACUUGCCCCGAUAUACUCGUGGCCAGGGUAAGAAAAAAGAAGGCCUUUGCCCUAUCUGUUGUUUACAUAAAAGUUUCGUUUGGCUUCGAACGAAAACCAGCGCAUACUGGUAUCACAUGAAUUUUUUACAUGGCAUUCAUAGUAAAGGCAGACCUUAUCAUCCGCCCAUUGAGUUCCGCACAAUUCCCGUUCGAAAGGUUAAGAGUAUAAUUGGGCUACCAGAUAGACGUCAAAUAGUACAGGGAAAAUGUCAUCAAUGCAACCGUUGGGUUCGUUGCCAGGGUACGUAUCUAAAAAAGAACUUGCUAUCUAAAAUUUGCUGCACAGUCGAGUUUUUUCUCUUAACUAAUCUUUUUACUUUGUUUGGUUUUAUUCAUUAG